AUGUGCAUUGCCGUAGAAAAGAAGGACAAAUCGUCUGUCCUCUGCGGAUCGGGCCUCAGGGAAUCUCCCGAGAAGCCGUCAUCACAGCCAGUCCGCGGGGGGAAGAGGGCGCCCACCCUGGGUGGCAGUCGGCUCCCCCGGCAAGGAGCGGAAGGCGCUGCAGGCAGGAAAUUUCCCACCACGCCCGGGAGGCCAGUGCCCGCCCCGGAGCCCCUCGCCACCACCUUCCCUCCGCCCGCCGGCUGCCCGCGCCCAUCCCCGAGCCCCUCCCGAGCCUCCCCAGGAUGGGGGGGGGCUGGCCAGGCGCCCCGAGGGCCCCCCACCCCCGGCCCCCCACCAGCCCCUGGCUCCGACGGAUGGUCCCUCGGCUUCAGCCGCCCCGCCGUGGACUCCCGGGGCAGCAGGGGCGCCCCGGAGAUGACCCCCCAACCGGCUGAGGACACCCCCAGAAAGUGGGCUCGAGGGGCCCAGCAGGACCCGGACUGCAACUGCCAGAGGCAGCCCCCACCUCGCGCGGGCCUUGGGUACCCCUCCCAGCCCCUCCACCCCCAGCCGGCCUCCGGGAAGUUGGGGUCCCGCUCCGCCCCGCCGCGCUGUCCGGGGAGGGAAGGGCGAGGGGAGGGGCGCCCGGAGCCCAGGCCGUGGGGAGCCCGUCGGGGCCGCUCCGCCCACCCCCCCAACCCCAGCGGAAGCCUCGCGGGAAGCGGCAGGUGUGGGCGAUGGGGGGUCUGGGGGCGGGUCCCGGUUUGGGGGCUGCCCUCGGACCCGGCCCCCGGCUCUACGUGGCGGCCCCCCCGAGACUGCGCUUCCCAGGCGCCUUUGCCAGCGGCCUUCCAGAAGGUCCAGCCAAGGGGAGGCUCCGGGGGGCGGGCGCGGGGGUGCGGGCUCGAGGGGGCGGCGCCGGCACCCACCCACCCGGCCGGCAAUGACGGACGCAGACCCCAUCCGACCCGCAGGACCCCAGCACACGGCCCCACCCCGAAGGGAGGGCGUCCCCCGCUGCAGCCCGGGGCUCCCGGAGCUCCUUUCCCGCUGACGCGGAUCUGUCCCGAAGGCCGCCCGCCACUGCCAUCCACCCUGCCCUGCCGAUCGGAUGCGCGGGCCGCCCACGGCAGGCUGGACUCCAGAAACAGUGCUCACGGUGGCCUGUGUCUACUCGGCCUCCAUCCAUCGGCCUCCAUGAAUCAGCCUCCAUCCAUUCUGCCUCCAUCCAUUGGCCCCUGUCCACUGGCCUCCAACCACCUGGCCUCCAUCCAUCAGCCUCCAUCCACCCGGCCUCCAGUCAGCUGUAGGGCUGACCGAGCCAGUGGCCGGGGCACCUGGGAGCCGGGCCACAGUGUGGAAACCCAGGCUGGAGGCCGCACUCAGCCGGGCCCAGCAUCCCUGCCCAAAGCCGUGGCUAUGGCUAGGCCUCAGAGUCUCCACAGUGCCCAGGAUGAGGUCAGCAGCCGGACACGCCCUGGGAUCUGCCCCGACGUCCCCUCAGCCUCUGACCCCAGGCCCUGCUCUCCGGUGUGGCUCCUGCAGAAGCGGGACGGGGUGCCGGCGGCCGAGCUGGCUCUGAGGAACCACACCCACAGCACCCACCAGGUGGAGGAGACCGCGGGGUGGGGAGGCCCCAACCGAGACCUGGGCGAGGCCACACGCUCUUCCCCACGCCUGCGGCGCUCUGCUGGGGGCUGCCGGCCGCGCUCGGGGGCCUCCAGUCCCUGGCGAAGACCCGCCCUGUUCAUCGGCCCCACCUUGACCAGAAGCCCAGCUUCCCGGGGCCCUCCCUACGCGGGCUCGCCCUCGGGAGGGCUGAAGGCCCUGGGCCCGCGUCUGCGGGCCACCCGGCUCGCCCACCACCUGCCGCUGCCGGACCCCACCUGGGGCUGCCCCCUGCCCGCCGACGCCUGA